GGGGCAUUAUCCCUUACGACGAGGAAGCCGUCGUUUUGAGGGUUUUUAUUUCUUCGCACCGUUCGUAUUACUAUUCCCUGUGAUCUCUUCUUCAAAGUGCUUUUUCUUGUCUCCGCUCUUUUUUUUUAAUCUUAGUCCGUCGUCGUUUUGAAUCAUUCAAAGUUCGUCGUCUCUGUUCCGCGCUGUUUUUCUGGUGAGUGUUGACACUGAUGGACGCAUUAACGAAUCCUGGUCCACUUAAGGACAUUGUACUUUAUGAUCAAGAGAAACAUGUCUCCUCUGCUGUUUGGGAUGGCCAGGAGCGAGGGGCUUUGAGGUGUCAUGAGCACACGUCGAAGUUGAGUGAGUGGAAGCUUAGUUCAAAGCAGAUUGAAUUGGUGGAGAGAGCCGGUUUCGGGUAUUUGAGACGUAUCCCUGCCAUUAGUCUCGAUAACCCUCUGAUCUCUGCGUUGGUCGAGCGAUGGAGGAGAGAGACCAACACCUUCCACUUCACUAUUGGGGAAAUGACUGUGACUCUUGAGGACAUUGCCCUGUUAUUAGGGUUGGGGAUUGAUGGUAAACCUGUGAUUGGAGUAACUUAUACGACUUGUUCUGCGGUGUGUGAGAGGUACUUAGGUUUGGCUCCGGAUUCCAAUUACGCUAGUGGUGGGAUGGUGAAGCUUAGCUGGUUGAAAGAAAAUUUCUCUGACUGUCGUGAAGACGCGUCUUUUGAAAAAGUUGAGCGCUAUACACGGGCUUACCUCUUGUACUUAGUAGGGAGUACCAUCUUCUCUACUACAACUGGAAACAAGGUGCCUGUUAUGUAUCUUCCGCUGUUUGAGGAUUUUGAUGAUGCUGGAACAUUUGCGUGGGGAGCAGCUGCUUUGGCUUUCUUGUAUAGAGCACUUGGGAAUGCUUCUGUUAAAUCCCAAAGCACUAUAUGUGGUUGCUUGACGCUGUUACAGUGUUGGAGUUACUAUCACUUAAACAUUGGCCGGCCAAAGCUGAACCGUGAACCAGUCCAUGAUCAUUUCCCAUUUGUGCUUAGGUGGAAGGGGAAGCAGAAUGGUCCAACAGCAAACCGUGAUGUGGUCUUUUACCGGAAAGCGUUGGACGUCUUGAAGCCAUGUGAUGUGGAAUGGCUGCCGUAUGAGAAUAUGGAUGGUAGAUACAUACCCGAACAUAUUAGAAACUCUCUGCAGUUGGGUAGAUCGAGAACAAUGCUGAUAUCUUUUGACAAGGCGGAGAGACACCUGCCUGAUCGCUGUCUCAAACAGUUUGGCUUGUUUCAAGGCAUCCCUGAAGAUGUGCAAAGGUGGGUAAGAAAGUCCAGGGGAGUUGAUGGAGGUGUUGACCUGUCUGUUAAAAUGGAAGCAGAGCUAAGCGAGUGGGAAAUGCGGUGGGACAACAUUGUUCCUGAUGAUGUUCUUGGUGUUGAUGAAGCAGACUACAUGAGGUGGUAUUCAGGAAUCACACGCAAGAUUGUAGGAAGGCCCAUCUCUCUCUCAAGCGAGUUUCAAAGAACGAUUUUAAAUGUGAGGGAUAUAUUGGAAUUGGCUGAGAAUUUUCCAACACAUGAUUUGGAUCUUGAAAGAGGCAACAUGGUUUCAAGAAUUAUCAGCCUUGCGCAAGAUUGCUUGAGAGAUCAAGUCGGAGUAACGUCUGCUGGAACAGAAAACCAGCAGCAGAUAGAACUUGGGAAAAGGAUGCGAGGUAAAGAGAGGGUGAGAAGGAAAGGGAUGGGAAAGAGAAGGAAAGGUAUUGAUCCAAUGGAAGACUAUGGAGGUAGUGAAGAUGAAUCUCAGUUUGGUCCUGUGGUUGAGGUUGGUCAGUUGCAUUUACCACUUAGCCAUGCAAAUUCGGUGUACGAUGGAACACACUUGUACGAUCCUGUCACCAAAGUUGAUGACAUGGAGCUUUGUGACAACAUCCCUCAAUUGCCAGAAGCUCAUGACAUUUUGCUGGAGGAUACAAACAAGUGUGUUGAGGACAAUAAGCUACACGAGGAGAUUGGUACAAGCAAUGUCAUGAACUGUGGGGAGGGCCUCGAGGAGGAACUUCAUGAGGGCUAUGAUGUGAAGAAAGAAGAUAAAGAUUCGAAGGUUGAGGACGAUGAUGCAGCAAAGGGGAUUAGUGAUGUGAAUGGUGAAGAAAACGGAAACAGAGAGGAAGAAGAUGGAACAGAGAUGGGAGAAAAUGUUGCAGGGUCGUCUUCUCUUGAAAGAAGAGAAGAGAACACUUUGGUGGCUUGAUAAAGAAUGGCUACAGAGGAAGUUAAGUUAGUUGUUCUGUUUCUUGUUUUUUGUUUAUUUUCGUUUAACUUCUUGUUCCGCAUUUUCUAAAGAACUGUCUUUUUUAAAAAAGUAUGUUAAAUUUUUCUGUAGAAGAGGUUACAGAAGAUUGGUAGAGGAAGUAUGAAACAGCAGUUUUUUAAGUAA